AUGGCCGGAUCGAGCUCAGCCCCAACCCGUCUGUCCAACGUAAUGACACCCCAGGAGUGUGAGCCCCCAUUGAUAGACCUGCGUUGGCUGAGCAGUGCGUGUGAGGCAGAGCGGCAGUUGUGUGCGGAGGCCAUAUGCAAGGCGGCCGCAGACUGGGGAUUCUUCCAGGUGGUGUACCAUGGGAUCAGCAGUGAGCUGCUUGGGAAGACGAGGAGGGAGCUGGUUAAGCUGUUUGGAGCACCCUUCGACACCAAGGCCCACCCUGGCCUCCUCAACAACUCCUACCGCCGGGGCACUCCCCCUGCCCCCUCCCCCGCCCGAUUCUCCGGGCCUGAGGCCUUCCAUGUCCCCUUCAUGAAGAUAUAUGACCCCUCUUGCUACGGGCCAUUUACCUCUCUCGGAGGAGUGACGAGGGAGUUGGCCCCCGCCAUGUUUGGGCUAGCGAGGACACUGGCGGUGGUCCUAGCGGAGAGCCUCGGGCAUCACGGCCGCAGCACGUUCUAUGAGAAAUGCAACGAGAAAACGUGCUUCCUCCGGUUGAACUACUACCCAGUGUGCCCGCUCUCGCCGCAGACGUACCAGCCGGUGCCCCACGUGGACAGUGACUUCCUGACCGUUCUCUAUCCGGACCAGGUAGAAGGCAUCCGGCUCCACAUGGACUCCCGAUGGGUCGUGGUCAAGCCCAACCGUGACGCUCUCAUUGUCAGCACUGGAGACCUUCUUCAGGCGUGGAGCAAUGACGUGUACAGGAGUGUGGAGCAAAAGGUGCGGACAAAGAGAGAAGUUGAGAGAUACUCCGUUGCUUUCUCCCUCUGCCCUUCGCCCGACUCUCAGAUCGGGAGCUGCAGAAAGCCCUCCGUCUACAGAAAGUUCACUUUUGGUGAAUACCGGGAGCAAGGCCGUAGAUAUGGUCUUCCGCAUUUCAGGCUAACGGAGAGGGUUGACGUCUCCACAGACUUGGCGCUCUACGAAGACCCGUGGAAGAUCAGGAAAAAGCUAACGGGAAGCGACCUCAGCCCUUUGUCGCGGCUCCUGCUUCCAGCGGGCUGCCUGCAGACCCACGUGUUCCCGCAGAUGGACAAGAAGAUGCUGAGGCAGGUCAACAGCGAGGAGGGGAUGCCGGUCGUCGGGAAAGACGUGGCCACAGGCCGCAAGCACCAGUUUGUCUUCCGCUGCUGGAAGUCGACCGGGAGCUACGUGCUGAACGGUGGCUGGACCAAGGAGUUUGUCGAGGAGAAAAGGUUGAAGGUCGGGGACGAGAUCGAGAUGGUCUGGGUCAUGUCCUCUCGCAUGUUCCACUUUAAGGUCCUUCACAGGGCCGCUGCUUGA